AUGAUUUUUUUACAGAUAUCUUCUGAAAACGAUAAAAAUGACUUACAAAAACUGACAGUGUCUGAAACUAUUAAUGACAGGGUUCUGAGGCUUGCAAAGGGAAAGCCUGGCUUUGUUAACAAAGCUGGAAAAGCCACCGGGCAGCCACACUUAAAUGUACGAGAGGAAGAUGAAGAUUUCGGAAAGCGAUCUAUACCAUCAAAGGUGAUUGCUAAGAGGGCUGGAAAGCUAUCUCGCUUAUAUCGAAGAUUUGCUAACAAAUUUGGGGGAUUCACGGAGCGAGCGCAGCCACGCAAGUCAGCACAUAAAAGAAAUAUGCCAAGCUCAGAUGAUGAUGAUGAUGGUGAUACCGAACAGGCACGUGAGGACAAAAACACGGACGAAACACAAGUGAUAAAUGAAAUAUUCAUAGAUAGCUCAGAAGAAAUGGUUUUGAAAACAUUCCAUCAACUGAUACAUAUGGGUGAGGACCUAAAUUAUUUGUGCAAGGAUAAAUUAGGUCGUUCUAUCUUACAUAAAGCGGUAGACAAUAAUUUUCUCAGCGUUGUAGAAAAGUUGCUCGACUAUGAUUUUGACCCGCUGUGUUACGAUGAUAACUACCAUAUGCCGCUUCAUAUAGCCAUAACAAAAGGAUAUGAUGAAAUGGCUGCGCUCAUUGUUAGUAAACUUGACAAUUUUGUAGUCAGACGUCUUUUUGGAGACAAUGAAUCGAAAGCAAACAAAUUUCGGGGAAAAUCGAGUGUAUAUAAACGCACAUUACUCAGUACCGGUACAGACUUGAGCAAAUUCAAAACAUUUAAUGAAAACACUGUGAAGCCAAUGUUUACAAUUAAUGAAUUGAUAGAAUAUAAUCUUGAUCAAACACUGAUGCAAGUGUUGGACAGUUUCCUGGAAGAACAACGAAAUGGCUCAUAUAAUGUCCAUAUAAAACUACUGGAUAUUGAUGAUAACAAACAAGAACCCACUCAUGAAGAUUUCGAUUUCAAAUGCUAUACAACUUUUCAUACCCUGGCAACUUGCGACAAAAAAGACGCUCUAAACCAUCCUGCUGUACGGACGUAUGUUGAACACAAAUGGAGAAACUGGUGUCAGGCUCGUUUUCUGCGAUACUUCUUCCUGUACCUGUUAAGCUUAUUUUGCUGGACGUAUUCGGCUGUGACAGGAGUUAGCGCCCCUGAUGUGCAUACUUACGACACGAGGCUUCAACAUUCCCGGGCAUUUUUCGAAGUCAUUGCAUACUUAUUUGCACUUGGAAUUUUGUUCAUGGAAAUUUUACAGAUUCUAAGACACAGGUGGUACUAUUUCUCUCAGGCUUUCAACAUUUUGGAAUUAACUUCUGCAGCACUACUAGUGAUGGUUUUACCACUACGCUACAUCAACGUUACAGUACACUGGUACUUUUACGCCAUUGGAUAUUGUUUAUGGGGAAUGAAAAUAUUCAAAUAUUCCAUAGUGUUCAAUGAGACAGGAAUAUAUGCAGAGGUGAUCAAACGGAUUAUUGUUCAAGAUUUUGUUCAAUUCAGUAUUCUGUUUGCGGUGGUAAAUCUAAUAUUUUCUGGAACAUUCAUACUGAUUUUGAAGGCAGACGAUAACUUGAAUGCUCACGCAGAGACGAGCUCAUUUCAAGGCACAAUGUACGUAGGUUUGCGGACUUUGAUUGAAGCUGCCGCUAUAGUCGAAUACUCUGGAACAGAUGGAUAUAGGACGGCUGGAACCAUUUUAAUACUGGUGUACAUGUUUUUUACAAUUGUUGCUUUGCUCAAUAUAUUAAUUGCUCAAGUCAGUGAAACCUACACUAGAACACAUGGCGAUUGUGUGAAGACAGUACGAGCAAAUCGUGCAUGGACUAUUGCACGUGCAGAGAGAAAUGAAUGGCAUAUUCUUCCAUGUAGACAACCUCGCCGAGUGAAACAUUACCUUGGCGUUAUUAAACACAUCGAUUUAGAUGCCAUUAAGAAGAGAGAAAGUACCUUCAUUGAACAAAUAUCAGAAAAGAUUGUAAAAAUCGAAAAAAAGCAAAUAAAGGACGGCCUAGAAGUGCAUACAGUGAAAACGAGGCUUGGUGAAUCCACGCAACGUAUUGAGGGCAAAAUCGAUGACCUUUCAGAACAACUGAAGAAAGUCCUAGAUCUCUUGAAGGAACGAAAUAAAUAAUAUUAUUUUUAGAAAUUACCUAUUGUUUUGAUGCCGCAGGCUGCACUACGGAAUGUGGUAAAUGUGCUGGCUGUUUGCCGAUCUCUUUACACCCAUAAUAUCUUAUAAUUGUGAGAGCUGUUUUCAGGAUUUUUUCUCUAUAAAAUGUGAUAUAAGUGAUAAAUAUGUGGGCUGUUUACCAGGACUCGUGGUAAAUGUGAGGCUGUAAACUGUCUCUUUUCGUGACAUGCUGUAAACAUAUAUUCCUACUUAGUAUCAUUCUACAAUGUCACCUUUCAAUGAAAUCUUUGCUGCUGGAACUAUAUUCAGAAACUAUCACCGUUUAUUAUGCU